AUGGCACACAUGGUUUGUCCCCCGGCGCGACGGAGGGCUGUGUGGCCGCCGUCUGCCGUUGCCUCUGUCUGUCACCGCUUCGCUACGCUUCCACGACCAGCGCUGCAGCUGGCGCAUGCUCUGUCUGCUCCUUCGCCAUCGGCCCCUCCGCCGCCUCCGUCAGCUGUUGCUUCGUCUGCGGGACUCGCUUCGCUCGCUGUCUCCUCUUUGCGCCUUUCUCCGUUUUCCGCUUCAGCUCGCUUUCCAGAUGUCUCUCCAGGCGCGUUUGCCGCCGCCACUGCUGCCUGCCGUCCCGGCUCCGUCUCUCUGUCUCUGCGUCGUCCGCUGUGGUCGCGUGAGGGUUGCCUCGUCACAGACAGCCCGCUGAACGUCCUGCUAACCCACUCUCCCUCUGUCUCGCAUAUCUUCAACUGCAGAGUGCACGCGCUCACCAGGCGAUGCCUGUCGUCUUCCCAGACGCCCACGGCCUCUACAUACGCCUCGCAGGACGCAGAGGCCUCGUCGUCCCACUCCUCGUCGGCCGCACCUUCCAGCGAUCCACACUCUGGCGCCAUCGUUCAGCGCCAAGCGGCGGCGGUCGGCGGCCUCGCUGCAGGCGAGAGCGCCAUUGAGGCCCUGGCGGCAGCGUCCCUGAAGGAGGCGGAAGAAAAGGCGCUGCAUGCGCGGCGCCACCAAGGCAUCGAACUCUAUCCAGGCGGCCCGGUGGACCGCUACGGCCCCCCGCGCGACCCGAGCACGCUGCUGCUGGAGCCACACAAGUUGACCGAAGAGGAGCGCGUCUUCCAGGGCUUUUUUGUGGCAACGCCGUGGAUUGUGUUCAUGAUGAUGCUCGCGACCCCGAUUUUUUUGGCGAACUACCACGUGGAGAAACUCAACGCGCGCGCGGCGUUCACGAAGCAAGUCGCCGAAGAGCUCCUGCGCGACGAAGACGUUCCGAGCUUCAGGCUUUGCACCUUCCAAGAUCUCCGCGAAGUUGUUGAGCAACCCACGCACGCGUUCAUUUGCUACUUCCACCCCUUGACGCUCUCCUCGCAGAUCGUCGUGCCUCUGCUGCGGGACAUCGCGGCGUGUUUCCAACGCCUCGGCGUGCGCGCCAGCGUCGCCGCGGUAGACCUGUCGCAUGCGUCAAUCCCUCCACACGUCCAUCGCGAGCUUCCCUCUGCACUCGCGCCUCACGGCCAGCUGUUGCUGCCCUUUGCCUUUGGCGGCCAGCAGCCCGCCGUCACGGACUUUGAAGGGCCUGCGUGGAAUGCCACGCAGAUCGUGAAGGCCGUCGCCGAAUACGUCCCUGGCGCUCACGACGCGCUGCAGCACACCCAAGAGAUCGAUGACGUGUCUGAGCAACUGAGCGACUGUCUCUUCGCGUUGGCCUUCGUGGAUGGUGCAGCGGCCGAGGAAGCGAAUGACGGCAAGCAGCACAAAUUGAAAUCUUCCUCCGCGUCAGCAGGCACCGCAGGAAAGGCUGAGAUGCAGGCAGACGCCACCAACGCCGCGAAUCCCGUGGCGCGCACAACCGAGUUGAGUGUGGUCGCUUACGGCGGCAAGCAGGCACUGAGAAUCUGCCAGGAGGCUAGAGAAAAGCUGCGGUCAGCUGGAAUGCAGGGGAGACGGAAAUAA